UUCUUCACUUCACAUUUCUAAAAAUAUGCCCAUAAAAACCACUCCAUUCCACGCCUCUUUUCUCUAUCACUCUCUCUCCAUACACCCUUAAGCAUCGGAGAACAAUAUUCUCUGGUGUACGACCCACCCUAUACCUUGCUUCUAAUGGAAGACGUUGUAGAUUUCCUGCCGCCCCCGGUAGAACCGAUUGCCGGAGAUGGGAAGCCACGUGAGAAGCACAUGACCAGAUCAGGCUCCUCUUCUGAUAGCGAUGAUAUGUAUUCCGGCGGAUCUCCUAAAGAAAUAUUGAAAUCGGGUGGGAAAGCAAUUGCUCCAACUGGAGAAGCCGAUAUCAUUUACAUUCCACAUGUGGUUGACAAAACUCUAAUUCUAAAUCGCAAUAAUAGCAACAAAAAUAUUAAUAAUAAUUUGACGCCUCCUUCCACCGUCUCCCUUCUCGACAUCGGCGGCGGCAACACCGUCACUGAAGUUGUAUAUCGAAAACCAUUUGAAGACGGACAGGAACUAGACUUGCAAACUCUCUACAAGUUACCUAACUCCCACAACUUCUUUUGCCCCAACUGCAAAUCUUGCAUUACAAAAGUCAUCAUUCUCCGCGACCCUCCAUCCUCACCGUCGCGGUCUCCUCAACCGCAGUGGGGCUCGAAGGAUAGAGAAUAUGAUCAGCUACCGUCAUCGACUAAUAUACCGCCAGAGAUCACGACGCGGGCACGGAGCCCGAGCCCGAGCCCGAGCCCGAGCCCGGGCCCCCGACCGGGUGUCGUCCAACAAACUGGUGCACUGGAUGAUAAUGAGAUCAUUUCCAGGGAAGAGGGUGGUGGAAGGAUCAUAUGCAGCAAUUGCUUUAGUUUUCUUACUCCAAUCGGUGCUUGGAUCUCCUCUCAGCUAGGAUUUGGUCCGAAAAAGCCAACCAUUCCAGCUGAUAUAGUAGGAGGAAUAACUGAAGGUACAAGCCGUGCUGGUCCUAGUAUUAUUUCUCGUGAUGGUCAACCAUUCAUUGAUAUCGAAGGUGGUGAGUCGAUCGCCUUUACAAUUCCUCCGGCCAGCGGGGAAGAAACAUUGGGCCAAAGAGGCGGAAGAAGUGUAGAGAUAAUGAAGAGCAUUGUGUAUGGAGGUUUAACCGAAGCCAUCACAAGUUUGGGCAUUGUAACCUCUGCAGCAAGUGCCAGUACUCCAACGGAGAAUAUUGUAGCUUUGGCAUUGGCAAACUUGAUUACGGGUCUUAUUGUCAUCACAAACAAUUUGUCUGGACUCAAAUCAAACCAACUCAAGAAAGAAUCAAACCAAAGUGAUGAUCGAGCACAAGUAGAUCCAUACGAAGAAGCUUUAGGAGACAGACACCAUUACCUUCUUCACUUCACAACAGCCGUCCUAUCAUUCUUAAUCUUCGGGCUUCUGCCUCCUCUCGUUUACGGUUUCUCGUUCCGCGACACGGAUGACGGCGAUCUCAAACUCGCAGCCGUGGCAGCUUCCUCUCUUCUGUGCAUCGCCCUACUCGCAAUCGCGAAAGCUUAUGUUCAAAAGGCAAACAAUUGGAAAGAGUAUGCUAAAACCCUAGUUUAUUACGUUACUUUAGGGUUUGGGGCGUCUGGUUUGUCAUACUUAGCAGGCAAGGAGGUUAAUAUCCUUCUUGAGCAACUUGGUUGGUUUAAGAAAGACCAAAGUGUCCCUACUUUGUUGCUCCCUAAUAUGGACUUGGCAAAACCUACAUGGGGAUCCAUAUGAGAAUUGAAUGGAUGGGGAUGUAGUUGCAAAAGUUUAUAGGGGUUUGCUUUAUUUUGCUUUUGCUUUUGCUUUUGCUUUUGUUGAGUGAUUAAGGACAUUUUUCUAUUGGGUGUGUUCUGUGGUUUCAUAAGGGUAAUUAUUAGAAGAGAACAUAAGGGGUUUACGUAUGUAUUGUGUAGUAUUUAUUUUAAUUUAAUUUGGGCCUUUUUGUUCUUGACUUU